UUUGGUUAAAAAAUGAUACAAACAAUCAUUUUGAAAAUGCAUUACCAAUAGUUGAAAAGAAGCAUGAUUGUGUUUAAAUCGGUAGCAAAAGGAAAAAUGACAGAAAUUUGAUUUCUAUCAAUAUUAGUGGUCGAAAAGAACUGGUUUGGCUUAUUAUUUUUCUAUCAAAUGACCGGUAAUAAUGAUGGGAAGUUACCUUUUGAUGCUAUUUUAAUCAGCAAUAUUGAGGUCAAUGAUGAGCCUGAAUCUACUUUUAACUUUAAUUUUUCUUGAAUCUUCAUUCAUAUACUAAAUUUUUAAGAGUUAAACGUUGACAAUUUGUUUUAAAAUCUGAUUUUCAUUGUUUACUGUGUUUUCAUCAUGAAUCAAACGAGUCCAGAGAAAAUAAGUGAAACGAUUGAACACCUUCGACGAGUAUUUCGCUCUGGUAGGACAAAAAAUGUAAAUUAUCGACGUAAACAAUUGGAAGGAAUCAAGAGAAUGGUUGAGGAAAAUGAAUCUUUAUUCGUUGAAUCUCUUCACAAGGAUUUGAAAAAGCCUAAAUUUGAAGCGAUUAUGAUUGAGACGGAUUAUAUUUUGAAUAAUGUCCGAGAAAUGUUGUACAAUUUGAAUUCCUAUGUAAAGCCAACCAAAGUGGCCAAAGAUUUGGUUCUAGCUUUCGAUGAUGCUUUUAUCCAACCAGAACCUUAUGGACUUGUUUUAAUCAUUGGAACCUGGAAUUAUCCUUUGAUUGUUUGUUUAAGUCCAUUGAUUGGUGCAAUUGCAGCCGGUAAUGUUGCCAUAGUUAAACCGUCAGAGAUCGCUCCCAAUGCAGCUGAUUUGUUUGAAAAAUUGUUACCACAAUACGUAGACAAGGACUGUUAUCGUGUGAUUAAUGGCGAUGCUACUGUUAACCAGCAUUUAUUGAAAGAAAAAUUUGAUUACAUAUUUUUCACUGGAAGUCAACCCAUUGGUCGCAAAGUUUAUGCAUCAGCUGUCGAUAAUUUUACACCAGUUACAUUGGAAUUGGGUGGAAAAAGUCCAGUUUAUAUCGAUGAUUCAGUUAUUGAUCAAGACUUUUGUUAUAAAAGGCUGUUGUGGGCUAAAUUUAUCAAUGCUGGUCAAACGUGUGUGGCUCCUGAUUAUGUUUUAUGCUCAGAUAAAGUCGCUCAGCGUUUCAUUCGGUCUGCCAAACUCAUCUUGAAACAAUUUUACGGAAAUGAUGUGCAAAAGUCUAAGGAUUUAACCCGGAUAAUUAAUGACAAUCAUUUCAAUCGAUUGGUUAAUUUACUUGAAUCCUCGAGUGGUGAAAUUGUAAUUGGUGGAUCAUCCGAUAAAAAUGACCGUUUCAUUGAGCCAACUAUCUUACUCAAUUGUUCAAUUGAUGACCCCUUGAUGAAAGAAGAAAUAUUUGGGCCUAUUUUACCUAUUGUAAUCGUCUCCAAUGUUGAUGAGGCUAUCCAAUUGAUUAACAGGAAAAGCAAACCUUUGACACUUUAUGUCUUCUCUCAGAAUCAAAGUGUGAUUGACAAAAUAUCACUGGAAACUUCAAGUGGGUCCAUUUGUGCGAACGAUGCUCUAAUUCACCUCAGUGUUGAUGCCUUGCCUUUUGGUGGUGUUGGAGACAGUGGGUUCGGUGUGUAUCAUGGUAAAUCAACUUUCGAUACAUUCUCUCAUUACAAAUCAGUCCUGAUUCGAGGUUACAAUCCAUUACUUGAAUGGGUUUCCAGUAAACGUUAUCCACCUUAUACUGAAUCAAAUUUAAAGCGACUACUUCGGGUGAUCAAGAAACGGCAUCUCAUGCCAGCUGAUUCAGAUUGGACGGUACUUUUCAUCUUUCUUCUUGGUGCUUUGAGCUUCUACUUUUUGAACAAUUUAACCCAGUAUUUGGCUGCUAAAUAAACUUCAUCAAUUGUUUAAAAAUUUUAGUUUAAUAAACUAAAUUACAUUCUCUUCAUUAAGAUAUCUGUUUAAAUAAGUUAGCCAAUUAACAAUUCGAGUCAUUGAUGAUAAUUCAAAUGUUUGCCCUGUGCUAAUGUAAACAGGUGUUUCAACAAAUAAGGUAUUGUUAGAAAGUAAAGCUAAUUAGUUCUUGGAUUGUGAAAUACUUUAAUUAUCAAUUAAGCAAUUGAUUUAUUCCGUGAAUUUAACUCAUAAAAGUUACAACAUCAAUCAGAUUCUAGUUUAAUGCAAACUAUUCACGUAACGUAAAUUGCAUUAAGUUAAUAUAUGAUAAUAUUGAUUAAAACCAAUAGAUGGCCUUAAUAACCGAUGUGAAGAGUCACUUUGUUUAUCUCAUUUUUGAUUAACUUAAAUGUAAUUAAAAUCAACUAGUUUUGCUUUGUUUAUGAUUUGGAGCACAUUUUGAUAUUCCUUGAACUUAUAAUUUCAUCAUGUAGACUUGGAUAUAUCGGCUGAAACUAUGCUGAAAACUUCUGAGCAAAAUCUGCAUUUUGUGACUAAAGAUCCGGCAUUCAAGGCAAAAGUUGAAUAUUGAAAACUCAAUAAGCUGGAAGCUAUGAAACAAAAAUAAUUUGGAAACAAUUAAGAACUUGGAAUUAUUUCUCCAAUCACAAGGAAAGUAGACUAUUCAUUACCCAUAAGAUUCAUGCAUCUUUGAUAUAAUUUUAGGGAACCGGCUCUUUUCCAUCACCUUUUCAAUCUCUUUUUUUGUUUGUGUUUGUGUCUCUUCUCUUGUUCACCACUCAAAUCUAACACAUUCACUAUCCAUCAUUUUCAUAUCUAUCAUAUCCGAAAAGUCUUCAACAACUUGGUGGAUUUGGGUGAUGAAAAAUCUUGACAAAUUGAAUACAAAUAUGGUGUAUUAAAGUGUUAGUGAUUUUCAAGAAUAUUAGAGUUAAGUUUCAACUCUCUUCGACUUUAACGUUGUAGAGAUUUAGUCUGUACAGCUCAAUUUUUUUACUGUUAUCUCUAAUAUUGUAAUUUAACACUUAAUUAUCAAUUAAAUCUCCUUCUUGUACACUUUCAACCCAUUUUUGUUCAAAUUAAGACAACUUAGAUAAGGCCGGUUAUACCGUUUCCGGGAUACACUUGAAUGUAUCUGUUAGGAUUUGCUCCUUUUAUCGAGUAUUUUCCGUUAAAAUAUCGGUAUCUUCAAUCCUGCAAUGUAAAGAAAAAUAAAAGUAAAUUGAAGCUUGUCAAAAAUCUCAUCUGGUAGUGUUUUGAAUAUUGUUUGAUUUGAUGAACAUUUAUUAUUGUUGUCAAUUGAAAUAAUUAAAAUCUAUAGUUAGUUGAAUCCAACUCUUGCCACAGCAAUCUAUCUAGCAUUUUAUAUUUUAUAACACACGUCGCAAUCUAGACUUACAAUCAAAAUGAUCACGGAUGUUCAAUUAUCAUUUUUCGCCAACAUUCUUGGAAUCUGUCUCUUCUUAUUAGUCAUUAUGUACCAUUAUGUGAGCGUAAUGGCCAUUAACCAGAAAUAACAUUGUCAAACUAUAGAUCAGGUGAAACUUAAUGUCUAACCCGAUUCAAUAGGGAUAUCUUUUUCAUACCAAAAUGGGCAAAUAAACUGCAAAUAUUUUUUAACUUAAA